AUGUAUAUGAGAUAUCAUUUAGAAACUUAUGAACCUAAGUCUCAUUAAAAACAUUCAGAUUUAAAACUGAAUGUUCAUCACUCACACACUUCAAGUUUACCUUUAUUACUUCCUUAACAACUAAGUCCGAUGAAAGAGAAAUCACCUUAAUUGAGUAAAAUGGGAGAGCAAAUUCUUAAAUAAUGGGGAUUCUUUCCUGAUAUUGCUCUUACAACAAGAAAAGAAAUUUAUACAGAACAUACAAAAUAAGAAAAAAAAUAUUAAGAUAAAUUUGAUGAUCUUUUAUAUAAUCUAAAUACUUAAAGACCAAAAUGUCAGAAGAAUCAUGAUUUCAAUAAUGAUUUUAAUCUUAAAAAAUCUGUUCAUUUCAACAAUGUAGUUACAGUUAAGGAUAUGGAUGGUCAAGUUUCCUAAAAAGAAAUUAAAUUAUUUUCAAGAAAUAAGAGAAGACAAAGGACUAAACUUGAAAAUUUGACAGUUUUUAGUUGA